GAGAGAGAGAGAGAGAGAGCGCUCGAACCUUUUCAAAACACUAAUUUUCUGCAGAAUUUCUUCUCGGCAUCCGUAAUUCUCCUCCAGGACUCGGUGUCUUUCUCCUGGUAGAUCUCCCUGUGCGCCGCGAUCUAUUGCUGGCUUCGCAUCGGGUGGGAUUCGAGUGGAAAAAUCAUAUUGUGUACCUCCAGAAUCCCUAAUUCCUGGGUUUUCUUUUUUGAAUUGGAGCUCAAGGUCCUCCGAUCGGUGGGAACGCCGGAGAAAGGUUCGAUUUUGAAGUGGCUGGUCGGGUUCUGACUGGAAAUGGGCUAUCCGGGGGUCCUGGAGUCUUGUACCGGAACAGCAGACCCCUAGGUUAUUCAGAUGAUUCAGUUUGGCUUGCGGCUUCUCAUUUCUUAGUGGCAGAGUCCCCAUAAGCUAACUAGAGUUACCAUUUCAUAUCUUAGACUGAAAGCUCGUGUCUUUUUAUUACUGGGCGUAUGAUUCAGGAACUCCAAGGCUCAAAACUGGGCUUUUUUUAAGUUCAAAAUUUCAUAACUGCAAGAAAAAGACAUAAUUGUUACUUCUUUACAGCUAAUUAGAGAAGAGAAACUUUCAGUGUCUGGGAAAAUGCAGAACAAAACUAGAAUCCAUGCUGACCCAUCUCUUGACCAAGAUCAGUUUGACCGCAUACCAGACUCCCUGGUCCUCCUCAUCCUCAACAAGAUUGCUGAUGUCCGGUCCCUUGGCCGCUGCUCUGCGGUGUCGAAGCGAUUCAAUUUCCUGGUUCCUCUGGUUCAUGAUGUCUAUGUUAAGAUCGACCGUGUCGUCACGGUUGAUGGUGAUUCUGAUGAUGCCUUAAACCCAUCUUCGCUGAAACCUCGAAACUUUUUCUCUCACUUUCUAAAGCUCAUGAUGUUCACCAUUCUCAAACCCUUCCACCACCUUCACAACACCAAUGGUGGGAACAAACCCCUCUUCCCUCAGCUCUCUCAUCACUCGCCUGCACAAGUCUUGAAGAAUUUCACCCACAUCCGUAACCUCAGGAUUGAACUCCCUGCUGGAGAUGUCGGAACAGAAGAAGGGGUUCUUUUGAGGUGGAGGGCAGAGUUUGGGAGUACCCUCCAGAAUUGCAUGAUUUUGGGAGGUACCCGGGUGGACCGAAAGCCCGCUUCUGCUGAGCAGGAAACAGCAUUGGAAGACAAUGGCAGCAUACCCGAAUCUUUCUACACAAAUGGAGGGCUGAAACUUCGUGUGGUCUGGACAAUCAGUUCCUUGAUCGCUGCUUCAACAAGACAUUAUCUCCUGCGGCCAAUUAUCAAGGACCACCCGACACUGAAGAGCUUGGUCUUGACUGAUGCUGAUGGACAGGGGACAUUGAGUAUGGGGGUAGAGCAGCUGAAGGAGUUCAGAGAGAAGCCACUGGCAGCCUCAGCAUCUUCAAAUAGGACACAGGUCCCGGCAUCCAACAUGAAGUUGAGAUAUGCUCCAUACUUGGAGCUUCCCAGUGGAAUGGGAUUGCAAGGAGCCACGUUGGUUACAAUCAAGCCCACUUCCGAGGGAAGCUGUGGUAGCAACAGCUUUAGGAAGGAAACUGAUGCCUUCAGUUGUGGAGCAUUUGACGGGCCAUUCAAGGCUGCUGCGAAGGCAUUGAUGAAGCGUCGGACUUACCUUUUGGAAAUGAAUGGUUUCUAGAUUAGUGGAUUUGCUUUCUUUUUGCUGCUUACCAUGGUUCAAUUUUUCUGCUUUCCCGGAACUGAGAGGGCUUUUACUUUCUAUUAAAGGUGAAAGCUUCCAUCUCUGCUUGGUUGAUUGUAGUAGCUAUCUGUUGUUUGGUUUCAUUUCUUCUUGUAUCUGUACAGGAAUAUCAGCUGGUUAUAUUUAUGUCACGAUUUAUGAAUGUAAUUUUAUCUCUGUAAGUUCCUGUUCCUUUUGGA